AUGGGAAAAGCUAGCAAGGAUAAAAGAGACCUCUAUUACCGGAGAGCAAAAGAAGAAGGAUGGAGGGCUCGGUCUGCUUUUAAGUUGCUACAGAUCAACGAACAAUUUAACAUCUUUGAUGGGGUUCGCAGAGUGGUGGACCUCUGCGCUGCUCCUGGUUCGUGGUCACAAGUUUUGAGUCGGGAAUUGAAUAAAAACGGGGACAAGAAAGAAGCGAAAAUUGUUGCUGUGGACUUGCAACCCAUGGCACCUAUCGAUGGUGUGACGUGUAUCCAGGCUGAUAUCACACACCCAAAAACUUUGCAGAAGAUUUUAGAUUUGUUUGGAGGAGAACCAGCUGAUUUUGUAUGUAGUGAUGGUGCUCCUGAUGUGACUGGAUUACAUGAUUUGGAUGAAUAUAUUCAAGCUCAGUUGAUCUUGUCGGCUUUGCAACUAACUACUUGCAUCCUCAAGCCAGGUGGUACGUUCGUGGCUAAGAUUUUCAGAGGGAGAGACAUUGAUUUACUCUACAGCCAGUUAGGGUACCUCUUUGAACGAGUUAUUUGUGCUAAACCUCGUUCUUCCCGUGGUACUUCGUUGGAGGCUUUUAUCGUUUGCUUGGGGUACUCGCCUCGGCCAGGCUGGAAUCCCAAGCUUGAGCUCACCAAAUCAACUGAAGAGUUUUUCGAGGAUGCAGGUAUUGGUAAAAGCUACAUCUUAGAAAACAUGGACUUGCCUCAGUUAGAAGAAAGAGAUAUCUCUACCUUUAUUUCAUGUGGUGACUUGAACGAAGGCGAUUCUGACGCCACUUACAGCUUGAACUCUAGUGCCGAGAAACGCAAUCUACAACCAGUUCAAAUGCCAACUGCACCACCAUACAAGAAAGCUUUGGAAAUGAAAAGAAACGGUGGUCUUGCUAAGAGAUAA